AUGAAUUCCGGCGAAAAUAGUAAUAGUUUAAACUUGUCCAAAAAUACAUUAAAACAAAAAAAACUUGAUCAUUUUGGAAUAACAGGUAAUUUAGUUCAAGGGAAAGGAACUCAGAGUGAAAAUAUUUCAAUUAAAAGAAAAAAUGAUGAAAAUAUAAAAUCCACGAUAACAGCUACUCUUCAGGAGCUUGAAGGCUUAUCAGGACAAGCUUUAUUAAGAAAGAUUUUAGAGAACAAAUUGUAUACAUUAUAUGAUGAUAAUAAACAUGUUUAUUAUCAAAGUUGUCAAAAACCAAUAACACUACGUCGUUCAAAUGAUGGAGCUAGGUUAAAAGAACAUAUCAUUACUCCAAUGCAUAUUGGAAAAUCCUAG